UGGCGUGAAUCUUUUUCAACAGGCAACUCCACUAUAGCCUAAUGUGCUGUCGGUGGACUUUUCUGAGUGUUUUUUACAUUUCUUAUUUCCCACCCGCACCGUUAUUAACUGUGACAACUCAACUGACGCCAUAUUAGAAUGGAGAGAGAUUCCGCCGGUAGCGGAGAGAAGAAGAAAGUCGCAGUGUCGCUCCGGAGGAGAGGUAUCCAUGAGGACAUGUCGUCUGAUGCUAAUCCCCAAACGUCUCAUGAUGGCGUCACUACAGAUGUCGCCCGAGCAAGAUGGACUCUACUUAGACAAGUAUUACGCCAAAAGCAGAUGGACAAUCCAGAGGUCAAACAGGUGUCUGUGCGCCGGUUCGCCUCCUUCGGCCUUUUCAGCAGGAGAAGACUCUCCUCACAGGACCCCUCGCAGGAGCAGUGGGUGGAGUACAGAAGUGUCUUCUUUCCAGAAUACAGUGCCUUGCUCAGGGACAACAUGGGCCCUCUACGAGUUAAUGAAGUGCUCACCAGCUUUGACAACACCGGGAACGUCUGUGUGUGGCCAUCAGAGGAGGCCAUGGCUCAUUACUGUCUGCACAACCGCCACAUGUUCAAGGGCGCCGUUUGUGAGUUAGGAGGAGGCAUGACUUGUCUCGCAGGACUCAUGGUUGCCGUUUGUGCAGACGUGAAGGAAGUUCUGCUAUCAGACGGGAAUGAGAUGUCCAUUCAGAAUGUACGCGGGAUUGUCGAGAGGAACGCGCAAGAAGGAAGGUUCAGGUCAACGCACGUGUCGACCAGGGUGCUGAGGUGGGACUGUGAGACGGACAUGUCAUCGCUAGAAGCCCAUUUUGACGUUGUCAUGUGUGCAGACUGUUUGUUUCUCGACCAGUACAGAGGCAGCCUGGUUGAUGCUAUAAGGAGAUUACUGCAGCCCGACGGCGUGGCCUUGGUGUUCGCCCCACUGCGAGGCGACACCCUGCGGAUGUUCUGUCAGCUGGCCCAGCAGGCUGGACUCUUGGUGUCUCAGCGCCAGCAGUAUGACACUCAGGUGUGGGACGUGCAUCUCAAGAUGCUGCAGGAAGGCAAAGAAGCGUACGACGAGAACAUCCACUACCCUCUGCUCAUCACGCUGACCAAAGCACCGAAAGGGCAGUAAAAAGAAAACAAAAAAAAAGACUUCAAGUAUGACCUCCUCUGCUGUGCACAUGGUGGUAGUGAUCGCUGCGGUGGCGUCUUUUCAACACUGUGAUCCCUUAGUGGUCAGCGCACGUCACCACACUCGCACUCUGUCAGCAGUGUCUUUUUAAGCCCGACAACAUUUCAUAAUUAUAUUGUUUUUCCAGAGUUUGUAUGUACUUUGGGGAGUUUGUACUUUGACGUGACGUCUCCAUGGAAACACUGCCUUUUGGCCUCAGCGCUAGUUUGGUUUCGCCCUCAGUGUUGUGCCUUAUAUGUCGCAAAACGCCUCACCGCUAUGACAAAUGUGGCGUGGUAUGUCGCGUAUAUCUUGACACAUACAGAUAGGCCAGUGGUUCUCAAGACCUUUUUUCACCAAGUACCGCCUCAGAAAACACUUGGCUCUCCAAGUACCACCAAAAUGACCAACAUUAGAGUACGGUAGCGUUGUAGGGCCAAGUAUUCAUUAAAAACACGGCAGAGGUUUUAUUUAAGAAAUAUAUUCCGUAGUUUUCGGCCGUGAGUGAUUCUUUGGCGUACCACUAGAUGGAGCCCGAGUACCACCAACACAGUUUAAGAACCACUGUGAUAGAUUAAUCAUAGUUAAUCCCGUUUUAAUUGAACUAUAAGCCGUUUGCUAACAUUAGCUCCCUAGUUUGAGAUUUACUGGGAUAGAUUGAUAAAUAAACAUUCA